GUCAGAGCAAGCUUCCUGCCCUUUGGCUAUGGUUUUGAUGGGGUAGAGGACUAAUACAAAGGAUACCUUCUCAUCCACAACUCUUUUUUUCUCUCUCUCUCUAUUGAAACUUUCCUUUUAUCUAUAAAGAAUCUUAUAUUUUUGCUUGGUUUCAUUUGUUCUUAUGUGUAUGGCUUUUAUUGAAUCUUGCUAGCUAGCAGCUUUCACUCAGACCUUUGGUUUUCUUGAAGAAGAUAGGAGACUGUUUUUUCACAGACUAGUAUUACUCUUUGCUUUCCUCUUUCAGCCUUUUGUCAUCUUUUAGGGUUUCAGAUAAAGCAAAAGAUAUAUAUAAAGCAGAAACUACAUAUUGCUACUCCCUUCUCUUCACCAACCAGCUCUCAUCACCUUACAGACUCGCCCCUUUUUUCCUUUUUCAAGAAGUUAUUAGGAUAAUAAAAUUAUAGUUUAGCUGAAUCUUUAAGUUUAUGGGGAAAAAUCCAUAAAGGUUAGUAGUGAAGAGUGAUAAAGGGUAUGCUAGGAGAUGAUAGUAUGUCAAAUUUAACAUCUGCAUCUAAUGAAGCAAGCAUAUCUUCAAGUAAUAAUAGAACUGAAAUUGGUGGUGCUCUCUACCCACAGCAGUCUCUUGUAGCACCAACCCAACCAGCUGCUAACAAGAAGAAGAGAAAUCUACCAGGCAAUCCAGAUCCAGAAGCAGAAGUUAUAGCAUUGUCUCCAAGAAGUCUUUUGGCAACAAAUAGAUUUGUAUGUGAGAUCUGUAACAAAGGAUUUCAAAGAGAUCAGAAUCUUCAACUACACAGAAGAGGGCAUAAUUUGCCAUGGAAGCUAAAACAAAGAACAACUAAAGAGGUGAAGAAGAAAGUAUACGUGUGUCCAGAGCCUUCAUGUGUACAUCAUCAUCCUUCAAGGGCACUAGGGGAUCUCACAGGGAUUAAGAAGCAUUUUUGUAGAAAACAUGGUGAAAAGAAAUGGAAGUGUGAGAAAUGCUCAAAGCGCUAUGCAGUUCAGUCUGAUUGGAAAGCUCACUCCAAGAUUUGUGGUACCAGAGAGUAUAGAUGUGAUUGUGGAACCCUUUUCUCUAGGAGGGAUAGCUUCAUCACCCAUAGAGCUUUUUGUGAUGCUUUAGCAGAAGAAAGUUCAAGAACAAUCCCACCACCAAAUCCUCUUAUUUCAACUUCCCAUCACCUUAAUCUCCAUACUCUUCAAAACUUCCAGCUCAAACAGGAACAACAACAAAGUAACUUCAAUCUUGUUCCACACCCCUCAAACGAGCUUUCUUCUCAGUUAUUCAUCCAUCAUCAUGAUCAUCAAAACCCUAAUAAUAACAAUCUGCCUACUAGCAGUAGCAGUAACAUCUUUGGUGCAGCAACAUCAACUCACAUGAGUGCAACUGCAUUACUACAAAAAGCAGCACAAAUUGGGGUAACUAAUUCUUCUUCUCCUGCUGCUAAUCGCAUGAGUGCUACAAGUUUUUUCAGUCCUACAACUACUACUAGUACUAAUAAUAUUACCAGUAGUACAACAACUGGCAUAGCAGAUUUAGCCUCACGUGAAUAUCAACAGUUUGAAAAUAGUGCUAAUAAUAAUACUGGUUUUGUUACUGGUCAUGGCUUGGCAUCUUAUGGGGACAAUAAUAACAAAGCUGGUACGUUUCAUUUUGGUGCAAGUGUCAACCCUGGGUUCAUGGACAUGCAAAACAUGAUGGCUACUACUACUACUGUGCCUUUGCCUUGUACUAAUAAUUUUAAUGAGAGAUUUGGUGGCACCCAUUUGAUGAGAGGUAAAGAAAAUAAUGAAGGGUUGACAAGAGAUUUCUUGGGACUUAGAGCAUUUCCAGUACAUCAUAGGGAUUUUCUCAAUAAUACUACUACAGCUGCUGCUCUUCAUCAUCAGAUUGGUUCUACUUCUUCUGCUGCUUCAUUUGAUCAACAUCACCAGAAUCAAAACCAAAAUCAAAUUCAAUCACCCUGGCAAAAUUAGCUAGUCUGAUUUUUGAAUCUUAAUUCCUUUCUUUAGACAACAGUACUUAGUAUUUUGUUGCUGUAUUGUAUCUCUACUAUGUAGCUCUUUUGGAAGGGAGCUAAGCACCCAUCCUUAACUUGCUUUUUAUCUAUAUAUACUCACCCUUUCAAUUUCA